AUGAGCUCGGACUACUCCUACGACGAGCAUGGCCAAUUCUUCCCCUUCUUCAUCCUCACAGUCACCGGGCUCGUCACCAUCCCGCUGACCUACACACUCGUCCGUUCCUCCACCGACGACGACAAGCUCGCGCCCCGGAUCAAGACCGACUACCGGGCCCAGAAUGCCGACGCGAUCGCCGCUGUGCGGGCGACCCAGCAGCGGAAGCAGAGGAGGCUCACGAGGUUCCUCUUCGCCCUCGGGGGCUGGGUCCUCAUGGGCGCCAUGGUCUAUCUGAUCUUGGUCACCCAGCCCACAGUCCAGAAGAUCUGGAACCCUUACGAUAUCCUUGGAAUUUCAGAUUCCGCGUCAGAAAAGCAAAUCAAGUCACACUACAGGCAGUUGGGAAAGAAGUACCACCCCGACAAAGCCAGGCCCGAUCCCGCCAAGAAUGAGACCCUCGAGACCAUCAACCAAGUUUGGGUAGAACUCAGCAAGGCCUACCAGGCCUUGACGGACGAGGAGGUCCGCAACAACUAUAUCCAGUUCGGCCAUCCCGACGGCAAGCAGAGCUUCAGCAUCGGUAUCGCGCUCCCCAAGUUCAUCGUCGAGGAUGGAAACGGCAAAUACGUCGUCCUGCUCUACACGCUCCUUCUUGGUGUCCUGCUCCCCUACAUGGUGGGAUCCUGGUGGUACGGAACCCAGCGCAUGUCCAAGGAGGGUGUCUUGAUGUCCAGCGCCAACAAGCUGUUCCGUCGGUAUGAGGACGAGAUGGAUGAGGCCGGUGCGAUUACCGCCCUCAGCUCUGGUGACGAGUACGCCGACCUGCUCAAGGGAGACAAGGCGGAUUCCGGUCUUGCGAAGAUUGAGUCAAGAAUCGCCGCUUCCAGCGAGGUACACAAGUCAUCUCCGUACGUUUCUGGCAUCCCUGAAAAGGAAAAGGAACGACUCGAGGAUAUGGAUAACGGGCCACGACGAAAGGCGCUGGCUCUGCUCUGGGCGUACCUGGGCCGUGUCGAACUGGAUGAUGCCGCUCUGAACCAGUCCAAGUACGAGGUGGCUCCGAUAGCCCGGGCCCUUCGAGAAUCAUUCGCUGCCAUCUCUCUGGCAUACGGUAACACCAAGCCCAUCCUCACUUCAUACUACACUGCCCAGAACGUCGUCCAGGCUGUAGCACCAAACGCAUCUCCUCUUCUCCAGCUGCCGCACAUUACUCCUGAAAUUGCCAACGCCAUUGAGGGCGACUCACGGAACCAUUUCGAUCUCCAAGAUUUCCUCGACCAGUCAGACUCUGAGCGAAGAAAGCUGGCCGUUGGCAAGGACCUUCUCAGCGAGGACCAGUACAAGACGGUACUCAAUGUUGGUCAACAGCUGCCGUAUCUGCGUGUGGCCAAGGCCUUCUUCAAGGUUACUGGCGAGAAGUAUAUCACUCCUGCCUCUCUGGUGACCCUUGUCAUCAAGGGUCGGUUCAUCCCCCCCGGCGCCAAGAAUGUCCCCAAGAUUCACGAAGACGACCUGGAAGACAUUGAUCCCGCCGAGGAUGACCUGGACGCCAUCAACGGCAAGAAGCAGAUCGUCAAGGGCCCCGACGGAAAGCUUGUUGCCGUCGAGAAGCAAUCCAUCCUCCCGCCCAUGACCUUUGCCCCCCACUACCCUCGCGACCAGUCCCCCAAGUGGCACGCCUUCCUCAGCGACUCCAAGCAGGGCAAGAUGGCCGUGCCCCCCUUCACAUUCGCCAAGUUCGACCAGCCCAUCUUCGACGCGCAGGGUAAGCCCACGUUCGCCAUGCAGACCCUCAAGGCGCAGUUCGCCGCGCCCCCGCAGGAGGGCCACUACACCUUCGUCCUGCACCUGAUCUGCGACUCCUACAUUGGCUUCGACACGAAGAUGGAGGUCACCCUGGUUGUCGAGGAGGCCAACAAGGCCGUCUCGAUGAGCACCGAAGACGAGAUCAGCGAGCCCGAUGAGGAUUCCCUCGCUGGCCAGAUGCAAGCCCUCAAGGGCGGAGCUCCCCCUCCCAAGCCCCGCCGCCGACCAGCUAAUGACGAUGACUCCUCCGACGAGGAGAGUGGAACCGACGAUGAAGAGGAGGACGAUACCAGCGCAACCAACACCGACACCGAGGAUGAGUCGUAA